UGUGCCUGUUCACAACAGUGAAUGCUGGUUAGAUGAAUGCCUAAAGUCAGUUUGGGAACAAGAUUUUAAAGGAACCAUGGAGCUGUCGAUUUUUAAUGAUGCCAGUAAGGAUGGUUCAGCUGAAAUAAUUGAAAAAUGGAAGAUCAAGUUGGAAGAAGUUGGUGUUUCAGUAAUCAUUGGGACCAAUGAUUCCUCUCAGCCUCGAGGUGUUGGAUUUGCUAAAAAUCAAGCAGUAAUUCAGAGCUCAGGAACCUAUCUCUGCUUUCUGGAUUCAGAUGAUGUGAUGAUGCCACAGCGGGUUAGGCUGCAGCACCAAGUUGCCAUUCAACACCCAAACAGUAUUAUUGGUUGCCAAGUCAGAAGAGAGCCACUGGACUCUACAGAACGAUACACUCGCUGGAUCAAUAACCUCACCCAGGAGCAACUUCUGACACAGGUGUUCACCUCCCAUGGGCCUACUGUGAUCAUGCCAACCUGGUUCUGUUCUCGAGAGUGGUUUUUUCAUGUGGGAAGAUUUGAUGAGGGUGGAAAGGGUGUCCCAGAGGAUUUGUUGUUUUUUUAUGAGCAUCUCCAGAAGGGUGGUGGAGUGUUCAGGGUGGACCAUUGCCUCCUGCUGUACCGGUACCAUCCCCAGGCUGCCACCCACUCUGUCCUGGAGGGAACCAUCUGGAAUCACCGGGUCAGGUUUCUUGAGGACAGAGUCCUGAGCUCCUGGACAUCAUUCACCAUUUGGAAUGCUGGCAAGCAAGGCAAGAAGCUCUACAGAAGCUUGUCACCAGCUAAUCAGAAAAAGGUAACUGCAUUUUGUGAUGUCGAUGAAAAGAAAAUAACAAAAGGAUUCUACACUUAUGAGGAAUCUGAAGAGAGACCAAAACCAAAAAUUCCCGUGUGUCACUUCAGGGACGCGACUCCGCCCUUCGUGAUCUGCGUGAAGCUGGACUUGACAGGUGGAGCCUUUGAAACAAACCUGGGCACGCUGAACCUGAAGGAAGGGAUGGAUUAUUAUCACUUUAACUAAACCAAGAGGCAGUGCUGCAGUCCUGUGCUUUGCACACCAGCUCAUGUCAUCAUCCUGCUGUUGAAAUUGAGAAGUUCCUGUCUUUUC